CUGGCUCGCAGCUAGCCCCGCCCCGCCCCUCCUGAAGUCUCGUGAAGCGGUUUGCUUGCGACAGACACGAUGGCCCGCUCCUCCGGACUCCUGGUGCUCCUGGCCGCCCUCGCGGCGCUGUGCCUGCUGCAGAACGCCUUCGUGAGCCCCUCCGAAUCCAAGACCACCCUGCGCGGGGAGGACGUGGCAAAGCUGGCGGCGGCCGGCGCCGUGCUGGCGCCGGAGGCGGCGCACGCGCGGUUGCCAGAGGAGUUCGUGAUCUUCGCGCCCAUUGUGGACGUGCUGCCAAUCAUCCCAGUCUUCUUCUUCCUGCUGGCCUUCCUUUGGCAGGCGGCGGUCGGCUUCCGAUGAGCGGGAAGCUUCGGUCCGGAUGCCGGCAGGGGUAGUUUUGCUUCUGGCUGGCGGCCCGGUUUUUGAGAUGCGCGGAAGCAGACGCAUCCGGAAGCAAGCUGCUUGGUUGGU